UAUACAGCUGGUUGCCAGCUGAUAGAAUUUGAGCGAGAAAAGUCAAUAAUAUCCUGAACUAUUUAUAAAUUGAUAACGCUUUGGUACACUGACAUACAUAAUUAUAAUGUGUUAAAACAGAUUAACUUUUAUUAUAAUAUAGCGUUUUACGUUAUCAACGGAAAAAUGACAGUACAAAAUAUUGCUGUUAAACUUUGCGGGGUCCUUCAAGCUAACAACGAAGAAGAAGUCACAGCUCGCGAGUGGCGAUUGGUUGGUCAGGAGCAAGAUGGGGCACAAAUAUUAACCUGGGUAUCGACAAUUCGAAACAGUGAUGUGAUGAAUGUCGGAGUAUACUCAAACAAAACGAAGUCGUUGUCUACUUUGUACACCUUUGAAACAAAACUUAACAUAAUUCAAGCAUCGGUCAACUCUACACACAGUUUACUUGUAUAUGUGGAAAAAAUUAUAUCACCAGAUGAGUCUAAAGAAGCCCUUUAUUAUCCCUACAUUGUUUCCCUUUUGCCUGAUAAAGUCGUUGUCCCUGAAGCAGUGGAAGAAGCUUCAACGAAACAGAUUAUGUUACAAUUUGUCUAUGGAAAAAGUAACAAAUACAGCCCUGGAAUAAGGAACGACAGAUUUUUGCUUUUCAAACAUUUAGAGUGUAUUAAAAUAUAUCGUUCGCCCCUUUUCUUAAAUGAAUGUGAUGAUGGCUCCGAGAAAUGGGGCUUUGAUGGGGUUUAUACGGACCCUGAAACAAUUGUUAAUGUUUUCUCAUGGGCGCAAUGGGACUGUGUCAAUCAGGUCCUCUUCUACAUACAUUAUCGUCCACCCACUCAAAGCUUCGCCGAGGGUGAGGAGGUUAAGUCUCCGUCAGAGUUGACGCCGACACUCUCCGCUCUACAGUUCCAUGCUGAUCUGCCCCAUGAGACAGUGCUAAAUAUUCCUCUUAGCUUGCCGCAUGUACCAGGAGCGCAUGGCGCCGCAGCGGCUUGCGGUUCCUAUGAAGACGAUCCGAUACCCCUUCGCGUUCACGACUGUAGCUUAGAUUUGUAUAUAGUGUGUGACCAGCGCGGCUUGCUUUGUGUCUGUCAUCAUUACCUUUACAAGCCUUUAGACGAUUCCACUAGUUCUUUAGUACUAGAUGACGUUGAUUUGAAAGAUUCUGGCGUGAACUUUGCCUAUUCUGUGACGUUACUUCACCAUGGCUGCGUAGUACAUAGUGUUGUGCCUGACCUACCGUGGUCACUGGCGAAAUCACUACGACCAUCCUACACCCUGUAUAACGAUAACCACCUACUUGUCAACAUACCAAUGCUCUUCACCCACCUCAUAGACAUCAGUCCUCAUCACGAACCCUGCUGUCAUAUAGUCGUUCCUCUAGAACCUAGUGACAGUGGACCGAGCUUGGCUCCAUUGUUGGGAUGGGGUGCUCACGCCAUGGUCGACCUCAAUACUCUGGAUGUGGUUACGAUGAAUGUGACGGAUAAAGAUCUAUCGUCAACCUUCAAAAGCGAUACGGUGAUCGAGAAUAAAUUAGCCAUCAUGCAUUAUUUGAUACAACAUGAAGGGAACAUGGAGUUGGCUGAAGAGUUAAUAUCUUGGCUAUGCCUCAAUCAACACGAUGGAUUAGGUGGUCUACAACGGGUUAUGCAGGAGUACUUGAUAGGUACUACAUACGCCGUGACGCGUCGCUCCCUAUCGGCGUCGGCUAUCAACUUGAUGAAUUGGUUGCCUUUCACUUUGCACCUGAAGUUUGCUGACGUUAAGGCGGGCGGUGCGAGCCUGUGCGUGUCGGUGUGCGCGCUGUGGCGCGGCGCAGCGGCGGCCGUGGUGCUGGCGCCGCGCCAGCGCGUGGCGCAGUUCGCGGAGGACGCCUGGACGCGCCUGUGGGCGGCGCUGUGCGCGCUCGCCAACCCGCGCGCGCGCCUGCGCCCCGAGCACGUGCGCGAGCGGCUGGCCGUCACGCUGCACUGCUAUCAGCCGGAGGCGCUGUCGCGCUGCAGCACGCCGCUGUCGCCGGGCGCGCCCGCCGCGCGGCGCGCCUCGCUCGUGGCGCACGACGCGCUGCCCUUCGCGGAGCUCGACGUGUGCACCACCAGCAAGCAGGAGCACGUCAUUGCCGCCAACCUCCGCGCGGUGAGCGUGCACCUGCUGUCCGAGAGCGGCGAGGCGGGCGCGCUGGAGAGCGGCGUGCACGCGCUGGCCACGCGCUGGGCGGCGGCGCAGCUGGACGCGGCGCGCGCGCUGUGCCGCGCCGCCGUGCGCGCCGUGGCCGCCGUCGGCGCGCACCAGCCCCGGGGCUUCCAGUACAUAGAUGAAAUGGACCCCACCCACGCGCUGAUACUCUUCAAGAUCCUCGAGCAGUACUACGUGGCGACGGACUCCAUCGCCUUCCCUCUUCCGCAGGGCUUCAGCUCCUUCUUCACGUACCUCGGGUACCGCACGCUACCUUUCCACGCGUUUGUUCAGUACGUGCAUCGAAACGUAUUUGAGUUGCAGAUCGACGUCCUCAAAACGAUCAUAGCGAGCAAGGACGACGACAAGAAGCGCACGGUGAACAACAAGCUGCGCCUGAUCCAGCUGGUGGGCGAGGGGCGCGGGCGGCGCGCGCUGGGCGCGUGGGGGCACCGCGCCGCGCUGCUGCUGCGCGCGCGCGACCACGCCGCCGCGCUGCUCAGCGGCGGCAGCGCGCCCGCGCGCGACCACGCGCCGCACCGCCCCGUCGGCGACGCCGGUAUCGCGGCGCUUCCGUCGGGCGAGCGCCUGUCGCCGCUCGACACCUUCCUGGAUCUCCUGACUGCCAAGGCCAGCCUCAAUGAGCUAGACUUUAAUCUCAUUAUAGAAGCGACAUUAGCAUCUGUGCAACAGGAAACUGCGUAAAUCUAUGUCUUACCGACUUACUAUAUCCGUAAGCGAGUUGUCAAACUGUAGUCGUAAGCUUUACGAGCAUCAAUAUUGUUAGAGAUAUCGUUAGAUAACGUUAUAUUUUUAAAUAUUCUUUUAUUUCAGUUAAGUAUGUUCUAAUAGGGCUAUUAUUGGAACAUACUUAUCAGGUAAAUUUGCCAUAUACACGAAUAGUACAAGUUUUUAUACCAAUCGUUUAAAAAAAUUAUUAUUAUUACAUUAUUAUUUUGUUACUAAUCAUUUUCUCGAUGAUCGAUACAAUAACCGAUGUGCCAUACCGUGACGUAGGUUUCAAAUAGGAGAAAUCAGGGCCGGCCUAUACCAUCUAGACGCCCCGGACUGGACAUGCAUUCAGCGCCCAUUUUUAUAUUAUUCAAGGUCGAAGAACAAUAUGUAGGGCACGAUAUUAAGGGUAUAUAGCACGGAAGGCAGGAGACUAGAACUCAGCGCCUCAUAUUUUUGGUGCUCUACAACGUUGCAAACCAAGGCCGGCUGUCUUUUAGUCUAUAUAAUGCCGCGAAGAUGCAGAUUCAUUAUAAUAAAUUACUUUCUGUUGUGCCAAAUAAAAAGUUAAACGAAAACAUUAUUAUAAUUUUGUAAUACCAAUGAUUUCAGCAGAUAAAUUGAAUUUAUACUGAUAUAGAUAUGCAUUUAGUGUUCCUUUUUUUGCAUUUAAUUUAUUUAUUUUAUUCAACAUUCCUGAGCAAAGAGCAUUUACAGGACAAACCUCAUUUGUUUUACAUAUGGCAGAUACUUUUCACUAAAUAAUAAUGACAUAAAAUUUUAGUUUAUAUACAGAGGAAUACAUACUAAUAGUAAGAAAACUGCUUCAUCACGAUGCUGAACCCCGCUGGCGGGGUCGGCGUGUCUUUAUAUCUAAGUAAUUAGUCUAUCGUCCGGGCCCUAAGGACGUUUCGGACGUAUUGAGUGGUGUGAUCGUAUCUCUGAUGUCCAAGCUUACUCCCUAUUAGUAUUUAUUAUUGUUUAUAUUCAGGAAUAUUUCUUUAAUACAGAUAAUUGAUUUAAAAUGUUCAAGCUAAAAUAAUUGCAUGCAUUGCAUCCUUAUCUUUUCCUUUAAUUUCACAUGAAAUUAUUCAGCACAAAAUGAUGCUUAGAAAUAUUUUAAAAUCACCUGAAAACUGCACCAAAGACUAUUUUUAAUCUAAUAGUUAAUUUUUUUUUAGUUUUAUGAUUAGAUUAU